GAGUGCGCUGCUGAGGCGGUUGCGGCGGCUGCGGCCCCCGCGCGCCGGGCGCCGCUCGGGUGUGCCGGCGGCCGCCGAGGAGCAGAGAGACCGAGCGCGAAAAGUCGUCAUUCAUAUCAUGGAUUUUAUAGAUCACAUUGCUUUAUUCUGGAUUUCUUGGUAACAGUACAGGAAGUAUACAUAAUUUCUCAUUUCUGCAAGUAGUCAUGACUGAAGAAAGAAAUUUUUUAAGCUACGGCAGAAUUCAUUGUGGUACCUUUUGUGGAAAUCCUGAUUUUGUUUUUAAUUUUUGAUAACUUUUAGCUAAAGGUAUGAACAAGCAAAGAGCUUAUUUUGUUAGGCAAAUACACAUUUAUAAGGAUGCCUAGAAGAGGACUGAUUUUUCAGACCCGGGCCCACUGGCUGCUGUUGGGCCUUGCUUUGCUCUGCAGUUUGGUAUUAUUUAUGUACCUUCUGGAAUGUGGCCCCCAGACUGAUGGAAAUGAAUCCCUUCCUGGUGUUAUCGGAGAAAGUUACGGCAAAGAGUAUUAUCAAGCCCUCCUACAGGAGCAAGAAGAACAUUAUCAAACCAGGACCACCAGUCUGAAACGUCAAAUUGCCCAGCUGAAACAAGAAUUACAAGAAAUGAGUGAGAAGAUGAGAUCAUUGCAAGAGAGAAAAAAUGUGGGGGGUAAUGGCAUAGCCUAUCAAGGCAACAAAGAGCAUGCACCUAGUGAUCUUUUAGAGUUUCUUCAUUCCCAAGUUGACAAAGCUGAAGUUAGCAUAGGAGCCAAACUACCCAGUGAGUAUGGGGUUAUUCCCUUUGAGAGCUUUACCUUAAUGAAAGUAUUUCAAUUGGAAAUGGGUCUCACUCGUCAUCCUGAAGAAAAGCCGGUUAGAAAAGACAAACGAGAUGAAUUGAUAGAAGUUAUUGAAGCUGGCUUAGAGGUCAUUAAUAAUCCUGAUGAAGAUGAUGAACAGGAAGAUGAGGAGGGUCCCCUUGGAGAGAAACUGAUAUUUAAUGAAAACGACUUCAUAGAAGGUUAUUAUCGCACCGAGAGAGAUAAGGGCACACAGUAUGAACUCUUUUUUAAGAAAGCGGACCUUAUGGAAUACAGACAUGUGACCCUUUUUCGCCCUUUUGGACCUCUCAUGAAAGUGAAGAGCGAGAUGAUUGAUAUUACUAGAUCAAUUAUUAAUAUCAUUGUGCCACUUGCUGAAAGAACUGAAGCAUUUGCACAGUUUAUGCAGAACUUCAGGGAUGUUUGUAUUCAUCAGGACAAGAGGAUUCAUCUCACAGUCGUAUAUUUUGGUAAAGAAGGACUGUUUAAAGUCAAGUCUAUCCUAGAAUCUGUCACAAGUGAGUCUAAUUUUCACAAUUACACCUUGGUCUCAUUGAACGAAGAAUUUAAUCGUGGACGAGGACUAAAUGUGGGUGCCCGAGCUUGGGACAAGGGAGAGGUCUUGAUGUUUUUCUGUGAUGUUGAUAUAUAUUUCUCAGCCGAAUUCCUUAACAGCUGCCGGUUAAAUGCUGAGCCAGGUAAGAAGGUGUUUUACCCUGUGGUGUUCAGUCUUUAUAAUCCUGCCAUUGUUUAUGCCAACCAGGAUGUGCCACCGCCGGUGGAGCAGCAGCUGGUUCAUAAAAAGGAUUCUGGCUUUUGGCGAGAUUUUGGCUUUGGAAUGACUUGUCAAUAUCGAUCAGAUUUCCUGACCAUUGGUGGAUUUGACAUGGAAGUAAAAGGCUGGGGUGGAGAAGAUGUUCAUCUUUACCGAAAGUACCUACAUGGUGACCUUAUUGUGAUUCGGACUCCGGUUCCUGGACUUUUUCACCUCUGGCAUGAGAAACGCUGUGCUGAUGAGCUGACCCCCGAACAGUACCGUAUGUGCAUCCAGUCCAAAGCCAUGAAUGAGGCCUCUCACUCUCACCUGGGAAUGCUGGUCUUCAGGGAGGAAAUAGAGACACAUCUUCAUAAACAGGCGUAUAGGACAAACAGUGAAGCCGUUGGUUAAUGUAAUCUGCAACACCUUACAGCCUGAACCACAAACCAGCACUAUUUAUUUAGCCUUAAUUCCAAUUCCAGAUGCAGUGCCUCUUUCAGAGAAGACAUGUUUGUUUUUCAUGUUCUUUCUGACAUUUAUUUUAUUUUAACAGUUCAACCUGAUAUGAAAAGAAAAAACAAGUGUCUCAAUGCAAAGCCUCUGUUUUGUGAGAAUACUGCACUAUGGAAUAAUUGACAAAUUGAAAUCUAAUGUUUUUCGCAAAAGUUGUUCUGAAUUUCUACCUGGUACCCAUGUUCUGACUGCAUGUGGCAUUACAUGGUGUCUGGAUUGCAUCUGGGUAGAAGGACGGAAUGUACUGGGCUGAUGGUGGGACGGGAGCAGCAUGGUCCUACAGAGGGAACAGACUGUUAGGGACGUAGUGCAUGGACAGGUAUCUUCACCCACCAUAUCCCUAAGUCAGCGUGCUUGAUUUUUAAAUGAAGAGCUUUGGUUGAUAGCUUGAAGAAUUCUUGUUCACUGAAGCAGAGGAUAAUUAAAUGGCACAUCUGAAAUCCCCAACCAGUCAGGAGAAGGCAGAAAUCAAAAUCCCUUAAGUUAAUGUUGCUUAGGCCCCUGAAUGUCUGUUUUUAAACAAAUAAGAGAAAAUAGGUUAGAGUCUGUGGCUUGAUUAAAAAUAUAGUGUGUUAUUACAUUAGCAUCAUGUUCAGGAUUGCUAGUCAAAGUUGCUAUAGACUGUUUUGAACAAACAGAAAUAAGCAUGGAAAUAUUUUUAACAGAGCAUUUAAUUAUGUUGGAGUGUGAGAUACUAGCUUUGUCUGGAAACAUCAGUUUAUGUGAGCCAACUACAUCAGGGCCUUCCUGUGGUGGUUCAGCAUAGAUGAGCAUAGCAGUUUUCUUUGUUUUUUACUUUGUGUUUUCUCAUUUAGCAUGGAUCCAUAUGUAUUUAUUAUCCUUUAUUUUCUAAUAUGUUAAUAUACGCUACAUCUGUAUUUGCAUUAUUAUAAUUCUUUGAGUUGAAAAGAGAAUCACUGUGGGGAGAAAAAACAAUUUAAUGAGGUAUACCAUAAAAUCAUUCUGAUUUUGGAAAAGGAGAGGAGGAGAAGGUAGUCUGAAUGGAAAUCGGAAUUACAGAAUAUGUAAGAGAAAUAUGUUACUUGCAGACAGAGUGUUGUUUUAGUUGAGGCGUAAAGUAUGUUAAUGAGAAAAGUGAAUAAAUAUAUUCAGUUAGGACUGUACUAUAUUAUUUAUUACACAUGAAUCUUCUACCAUCAGUUCAAUUGCUACAUCUAAAAAUUGGAAAUAAAGUGAAAGGCAUGCAUAAAUUUUUUAACCUUUGGCUUUUAAAAGAAAAGGGACCUAUAUUGAAUUCUGUUUGUACAUAAACUCCUGAAAAUUCACAGAAGAAAAAUUAUUACUCUUUUUUCUCAGUCAAUCGUUUCAUCUGAAAUAUUACAAAUUCCAAAUUUCUAGGUGCUACAUGAAUUCAAUUUUAUAAUAACUAAUUAUUCUUACAAGUUUUAAGUUGGGAUAGCACGUAGGUAUUUUUUAAUACAUGUAUAAUGUUCUGUGCAAAAUAAUUCUGGCCAUUGUCUCCUUUUAUACACAGUUAUUUAUUAUGAAGACAAGUGAAUUAUGGUAUUUGAAGUGAAAGAACUUAAUUAUUUGCAAAGGUAAUUUGCAGCUUGUUUUUUGAGAGAAUCAAAUGAUUUUAGUUUUAC